AUGCGCCCACAUGCGCGAUUGUUUCAAGAAGGAAAGCAUCCGCGAUGGUCGAAAGAUCAGUAUCGAGCGGAGAAUCAGCACAUCACGAUUUGUGGUGAAUCAAUCACGAUGUCAACCGUCAUGCAGCACGUCGAAAAGCACGUGCGAGUGUUGUCUCGAGCGUGCUCGGCAUGCGAAUUCUAUGCGUCACGCGAGCAAUUGGUCCAGCAACACAUUCGUGAAGUGCAUCCCCGAACUGAACAGUGCAUUCCUAUCCGAUGUGUUGAUGAAGUAAAAACGCGGGAGCAAACCCGUCAAAUCGUCGAGGAAAUGUUUCCAGAGCUAAUUGCAAAGAGGAAUUUGAUUGGCAUGGUGUGUGGCCAAAAGAGGAAAAGCUUGGACGAAACCUCUGAAAGACAAGCGAAAGCGCAAAGGGUUGAAGGUGGAGCUCAACAUUUUCAGCCGCUGAAUGCACCCAGGCACAAGUCAAUUCGACCAGUGGUUGAUCGUCGAAGAAUAUUU